GAAAGAUUUAUAUCCAAAAUAAAGAAAUUUCUUUCUGAAGCGUUCAAAGGGUACUUCGAUUCGUCGAGACUCUUAUCGUAAACAAACAAAAGACCAAAUAAAAAAGAGAACGAUUCUUCGGUUUCCUUAGAUGAUCACAGAGGGCAUGGAUAAUCAGAGAGAAGAGCAUGAUAUAGAUGUCGAAGGAGCAAAUUCGUACGAGAGGAAAAUUUCGGGGAUCUUAGAUGAUGGCUCCGUCGGAUUUCAGCAGCCAUUGCUCGCGAGGAAUCGGAAGAACACGACUUCGCAGAUCGCUAUCGUCGGAGCCAAUACUUGUCCGAUCGAGAGCCUUGACUACGAGAUUUUUGAGAACGAUCUUUUCAAGCAGGACUGGAGGGCUCGGAAAAAGACUCAGAUAUUCCAGUAUACGGUUCUCAAAUGGGCACUUGCUUUCCUUAUUGGUUUAUCCACGGGGCUCGUUGGCUUCUUUAAUAACCUUGCUGUUGAGAAUAUUGCUGGAUUCAAACUUUUGAUCACCAGUAAUCUCAUGCUCAAGCAAAAAUACUUUCAGGCCUUCUUUGCAUUUGCGGGAUCUAACGUGAUUUUGGCAACUGCAGCCGCUGCACUUUGUGCUUUUCUAGCUCCGGCAGCAGCAGGAUCUGGCAUACCGGAGGUUAAAGCAUAUCUCAAUGGUAUAGAUGCUCAUUCAAUCUUAGCCCCGAGCACCCUCUUCGUAAAGAUCUUUGGAUCUAUAUUUGGAGUUGCUGCUGGGUUCGUAGUCGGGAAGGAAGGACCUAUGGUGCAUACUGGUGCUUGCAUUGCCAAUUUACUAGGACAAGGUGGUUCUAAAAAAUACCACUUGACCUGGAAGUGGCUUAGAUACUUCAAAAACGAUAGAGACCGAAGAGACUUGAUUACUUGCGGUAGUGCUGCUGGUGUAGCAGCUGCCUUUCGUGCUCCAGUCGGAGGAGUGCUUUUUGCCCUCGAAGAAGCUGCUUCAUGGUGGAGGAGUGCACUUCUCUGGAGGACGUUCUUCACUACAGCGGUAGUAGCUGUGGCACUGAGGAGUUUGAUUGAAUUCUGCCGGUCUGGGAGAUGUGGAUUGUUCGGGAAAGGAGGUCUCAUUAUGUUUGAUGUGAACUCGGGGCCAGUGGUCUACAACACACCAGAUUUGCUUGCGGUAAUAUUCCUUGGGGUUAUCGGAGGGCUCUUGGGAAGCCUUUACAAUUACCUCGUGGACAAAGUCCUCCGCACAUACAGCAUCAUAAACGAGAAAGGUCCAGCCUUUAAGAUUAUGCUCGUGAUAACAAUUUCCAUUCUUAGCUCAUGUUGCGCAUUCGGGCUCCCGUGGCUUUCACAGUGUACUCCAUGUCCUGUUGGAACAGAAGGCAAGUGUCCAACCAUAGGUCGGUCCGGCAUUUAUAAAAGUUUCCAGUGUCCUCCAAACCAUUACAACGACCUUGCAUCCCUACUUCUCAACACCAAUGACGAUGCAAUCCGUAAUCUUUUCACAUCCAUAUCUGAGAACGAGUUCCAAAUCCCCACCCUUCUCAUUUUCUUCAUCGCUGUAUACUGCCUUGGCAUCGUCACAUAUGGCAUAGCCAUACCCUCGGGGCUUUUCAUUCCCGUUAUUCUUGCUGGAGCCUCUUAUGGACGUCUUGUUGGUAGGCUCGUGAAUCCAGUGUCUCAGCUUGAUGUAGGUCUUUUCUCUAUGCUUGGAGCUGCCUCUUUCCUCGGUGGCACAAUGAGAAUGACGGUCUCUCUGUGCAUUAUACUUCUUGAGCUCACGAAUAAUCUCCUGAUGCUACCGUUGGUGAUGUUGGUACUCCUGAUUUCGAAAACCGUUGCUGAUUGUUUCAACAAAGGAGUGUAUGACCAAAUUGUGAAAAUGAAGGGCCUGCCUUUCUUGGAAGCUCAUGCAGAGCCAUACAUGAGGAAUUUGGUUGCUCAGGAUGUCGUCUCUGGACCUUUAGUCAGCUUCCCGAGGGUUGAAAAAGUCGGUGUUAUAUGGCAGGCUUUGAAGAUGACGACUCAUAACGGGUUUCCUGUGAUCGAUGAACCGCCUUUCACUGAGGCUCCCGAGCUCUGCGGGAUUGUUCUGAGGUCCCAUCUGCUCGUCCUUCUGCAGGGGAAGAAAUUCUCCAAACAGAGAACGGUCUGUAGCUCACGUAUCUUGACUAUAUUCAAGGCGCGUGAUUUUGCCAAGCCGGGAUUAGGUAGAGGGCUCAAGAUCGAGGAUUUAGAAAUCAGCGAGGAGGAGAUGGAGAUGUAUGUUGAUCUCCAUCCUAUAACCAACACUUCUCCAUACACCGUAGUGGAGACGAUGUCUCUUGCGAAAGCGGCUAUUCUGUUCCGGCAACUCGGCCUCAGGCACUUGUGUGUCGUGCCCAAGACACCAGGCAGGCCACCCAUUGUUGGGAUCCUAACGAGGCACGAUUUCAUGCCGGAACAUGUUUUGGGGCUAUACCCUGAUGUUCAUCCGCUCAAGUGAAUCAACAGGACUCUCUCUCUCUCUCUCUCUCUCUCUCUCCGGCCAUUGCAGCAUUGGUUUGGAUCGGUUACAUGAUCCAACGCGUCACAGGUAUGAUUCUUGUUCAUGUGUUACAGGGAAAUACAAUGGUGGCUCCAACAUUCUUUCAUGCCUCUGUUCUAUAUAGCUACUUUGGAGUUGCUAAGUCAUAUGUUGUGUUGAAAUGUGUAUACAUACAUACAUACAUACAUAUAUAUAUAUGUAUGUACUUAAAUGGAUCUGAAAAUGAAUUCCCUUUCACA